UCAUAGUGAUCGCAUAUCUUCAAACCUGCCUAGUCCUAGAUUUUGACCGGCUCAACUUCGCUUUUCGCUUGAAGCAGAAAAAGGGAAUUGUUACGAUGUCGUACGAUUUUAAAAAUGAAGACGAUGUGAAAGAGUACUUAAAAAACUUGUACAUGGAAUAUACAUUUGGAUGUUACAGCGAGAAGAACCCGGAAGUGUGUCAUCUUCUGGGGGAUUAUUUAGAAGCUAUCAAAGCGGACCACAAGAAGGCUGAAGAGGUUUACAAGGCUAAUUGUGACGAGUUCGAUUUUGGAUUUAGUUGCACGAAGUAUGGUACCUACCGCUACUUUGGUAGAAACAGCGAAGCGAACAUAAAGGAUGGAUAUAAGUACAUGAUGAAGGGCUGCGAGAACAACAACGUAGAAGGUUGCGAGCAGGCAGGGAUUCUCUCACUAGGAAAUUCACAAAUAGACGACACGGAUCGUUCCGAACAAGUCAAGCGAGGUGUAGCAAUGUUGGAAAAGGGGUGUGGUACUCAAAAAUCAGACAAGUCCUGUUUUAUCUUAGCCAAAGUGUACCUCAAUGGCAUGAAGGACUACGUGGAGAAGAAUUACUCGAAAGCGUACAAAUUUUUUAUGAUAUCGUGUGACAUGGGAAACCCAAUCGCUUGCAUCAACGUUGCGGAAAUGCUCAGGCGUGGUGAUGGUGUUCCCAAAGACGACACUCUCGCAGAUGCCUAUAAGAGGCGAGCGAAGAUUUUAAAUGAUGAAGUUAGAAAAAUACAGAAACAGUUGAAGUUCCAUGAAGGCAUUAAUUAAAAUACAUAGAAAUUCCACCAUGUAUUAUAGCAAUUGUGUAUAAACUAUUAUUACUAAUUGAUAAGAAGCGACAAGAGUGACUGAUAAAUAUAGUACUAAUUUUCUCAUUACUCUUAUCCGAUUAAAUUAAUCUCUUUCAAGUAAAA